AGACUAGUUAUGGUUGCUUAGCACAUUACAUAGCAUUCAGCUUAAUGUUCUGUCGCAGUCAUUGUCAUGAAAGUGUGAAGGAUCCUUAGAAUGUGGUUGUUGGUGAUCUGUUCAUUUGACUAUGCUCCAAAGACUAUGUUGUAGGUUAUUUCAGAUGUGGUCUGGGAACUCCUGUGAUUCGGCUUGAUUUUGAAUCAGCAGUUAUUAGUUCGUUGAACAGCCACCAGGGUGGCGCCACAUAUCGCUUACAACUUUUUGGGGGUUUCUUGUCGUAGGAAAGGGGAAUGGCCAACGAUUGAAAUUGUAAAAAAAAACAAAGGAAUUCAGUUAAACGAUUUAAUAAAUAGUAUGAAACAGAAAGGGUAGAAAGUAAAACUGUAGCACAUUAAGAUAGUAAAUAUAGGAGAGGAAAGUCUUCGAUAAUAUUCUGCAGAUUCUGAGAAUAAUAUAGUAAGUAGUGGGCUAAUUGCAUUAUAUAAACUAUACUUUUUUAAAGAAAAUUGUAUGGCAUGAAGAAAGAGUUCAAAGAAAUAAAAUAUAUGAGUUAUGAAAUGAUAAAUUAAUGAAAAAAUAUGAGUAAUGAAAUAAUAAAAAGUGGUGUCUGAACUUUGCAAAAUAGUAGGCUAAGUUGGCAACUGGGCUGCAUGUAUUUGGAAUUAGCUUGCAAGACUAUAUUUACAUAGUGCUUAAUUUUUGAGGGGUUGUAUUCUAUAUGCCGUGAUUUUUUUUUCCGGCAGUGGCUGCCUGGUCCCAAGGUUCCCCUAUUUAAGAGUUUGGACUGCACCAUGCUAACAGGUUUCAGUGCUCAUGGCAGUUUUGUGCGAAAGAAUACUCAUUAUUAGGUUUCUGAUUUGUUUAUCUGGAAAAAGUCCAAGAUGCUUUGAAAAUUGCUUUUUCAUUUUCAUAGACAUUCUUCUCUCAUUGUUUUCUUUAAUUGUGCUGUAUUUUCUCAUUUCAGACACUUUCGUCAAGAUUAUGAGCAUUUCUGGAGAUUUUUGCAAGAAAUUUAGGACUGAGGGAUAAAGGUGACAUACAUUGGUUGAUGUUACCAGAUAUUCUUGUCAAGAGUAAUAUUUAGGUAAAGUUUAUUGUCCUGGUAUAUGAAGUGUGAAGUCUGCUUUUAUGUAGCACAUUGACACCUAUGGUAACUACACUUUCCAUGAUUAGAAAAACUGAAGUGAAUUUGAAAAAGAUACUACUGCUCACAUGAAAAAGGAGCCAUUUGUGUGUAAAAUAUUGGAAACCAGUUUUGUUGGCAACACCACCUCAGAACUUGAAUGUCAGUUCGCGCUGGAGGGAGGCAGUUCAGAUUCCGUGAAUUUGGUAAAGCGUUUUCCCAGAAACAAAUUCUCUUGAAGUAUAUUGAAACUCAUCAUGAAAAGAAGUACUAGAAGUGGGAAAACUUUUUCUCAAAAAACUCAUCCGAACAGUCAUACGAGGGCUCACAUUGUGGGGAAUCCAUUCAAGUGUAAAUACUGUGGGAAAGAAUUUGUUCAGAACACUCAUCUUGAAAGUCAUAUGAAGGAUCACAUUAAUAAAAAGAAACCAUUUAAAUGUAAUGACUGUUGGAAAGCAUUUUCUCAUAAAGGUAAUCUUAACAUUCAUAUGAGGAUUCACACUGGCGAGAAGCUAUUUGACUGUAAAGACUGUGGGAAAGCAUUUUUUCAGAAAGUUCAUCUUAAGUAUCAUAUGAUGAGUCACACUGGAGAGAAGCCAUUUAAAUGUAAUGACUGUGGGAAAGCAUUUUCUCGGAAAGGCAGUCUUAACAUUCAUAUGAGGGUUCACACUGAAGAGAAGCCAUUUAAAUGUAAUGAUUGUGGGAAAGCAUUUUGUAGGAAAGAUCAUCUUAACAUUCAUAUGAGGAUUCACACUGAAGAGAAGCCAUUGAAAUGUAAUGUCUGUGGGAAAGCAUUUUCUCAGAAAAGUCAUCUUAAAUAUCAUAUGAGGGUUCACACUGAAGAGAAGCCAUUUAAAUGUAAUGACUGUGAGAAAUCAUUUUCUCAGAAAGGCAGUCUUAACAUUCAUGUGAGGGUUCACACUGGAGAGAAGCCAUUUAAAUGUAAUGAUUGUUGGAAAGUAUUUUCUCAGAAAGGACAUCUUAACAUUCAUUAA